CCGGUUUCAGAUUUAGAUUUCUUUGAAAAAUGUCUGAUGAAGAAGAUUACAGUUCAGGCAGCGAUGAGGAUUACGUACCAUCGGAUGGGGAAGCAGUAAGUGAGGAAGAAAAUUCAGGAGAGGAAGAGGAUUUUGAUGCUCUCCAUAAAGAGGCUGAGCUAGAGGGGACCAAGUCAGGAAAACGGAAACGGAAAACCCCAAAAGGGCUUACAGCAAGAAAGCGUAAAGGUGGUAUUAAGCUUGAGGGAGAAACAGAAGUCACCAAGGAAUCAGAAGACGACUACAACAAAGUCUUGUCAGAAGAGGUCAAGAAAGAACAAGAAGCCAAAAAAGAGGAACAAGAGAAGAAAAAGGCAGAUGACCUGUGGUCAAGUUUUCUGUCCGAUGUGGGGAGUCGACCAAAAGCAAAGCCAGCCACUCCCAGUGGAACUUCACUAGCCAGUAUGUCUAAGACAAUCAAAAGCCCUGUUACACCAACUUCAAAAAAAGUUACAGUCACAAAAGAGUUUGAUUUUGCUGGAGAGACAGUUAAGGUCACCAAAGAUAUAGAUUUAAAUACAGAAGAAGGAAAAAAGGAAAUGAAAAAGUUGACUCAAGAAAAGAAAGAAUCAGAAGAGAAGCCAACAACACCAGGACCAACUGUUCUAGGGAAAAAACCAGGUGGACUGGGCAGUGUGCUGAAUAAAAUUGGAAAGAAAGAUAAGAUCAGUACUUUGGAAAAAUCAAAGUUAGACUGGGACAGCUUCAAGCAAGAGAAGGGAAUCUCAGAGGAACUUCAAACUCACAACAGAGGAAAAGAUGGAUACAUUGAGAGGAUGCAGUUUCUUAACAGAGCAGAUCAAAGACAAUUUGAAAUUGAAAAAAAUAUAAGACUUGGAUUAAGUAGCAAAAGAUGACACAAAAAGUGCAAAGUACACAUCCAUUGUUGUGAAAAUUAGUGUGGAAUCACAAAGACACAUCUUUUUGUGACCAUUUCUUCAUUUUUAAGGAGCUCAACAGGAUUUGAGUCUAUUUUUAUUUUCUGGUUAAACCAGAAAGGGAAGCAUCCGGGAAUUGCUUCUUCGAGGGUUGUUCAAAAUAUUAAAUCCUGGUAUGAAACUUGUGUAAAUAAAUGCACACAGUGCUUUAA